GUGAUAUGGUGCAGUGUGCACAAUAUAUAUAUGAUAUAAUAUCGUUUAUUUUCAUCCUAUAUCGUUUCGUGUGAUAUUUUUAUCUGAAGGUUGUGUAUCAAGACCUUGCAGUCUUGUUAGAUGCCCACGAUUGCGUGACAUUAGCACACACUCGAGUUAUAUCUCAGUAUGGUUUGCCCAAUUCGCGUUGGCUGUACAGCUCUGGUCGCGUCUAUCUGCGCCUUAAGUUUAUACUGUGCGUACAACCCAAAGAAAGAGGAGCUCGCCGAGGGGGAAGCUGAGAAUCCCGCUGCUAAUGAAUUGCGAAGCGGCACUGAUAGUCUCGUGGUCAGGCUAAUGGCGGAUGUCGGUGUAAAACUGGAAUACUACAGGCACCUGGUGAUAUUCUUUCUGGUUAUCUUCCAUGUUGAAUUGAUCACACAAGGAGCCAUCUGCCGGUAUUUAUUCGUAAACAAUCCAUCAAUCGCUUCAGAAGGUCUGGAAACGGUUGAGAACCAUUGGUAUGGACUAAACUACUUUUCGGCUAUAUUAAUGAAUCUGGUGAAGGGGUGAACAGAGUAUGUUUGACUAAUUGCAAGUACCAUACGCGGACGUCGAGGAUACACACAGGUGAGGUUCUACACAUCCAGCGCAAUUUGUGAGCGCCGUUGCAGCCUGCUCCGUUAAUCCAUCAGACGUGUAUUGUAUAUUUACACGCCUUGAGUUCGACUACAUGUAUUCAUAAGAGUAUUGUUUGCGGAUCGUUCGGAUAUGCGAUAUUUGUGAACAUGUGAAAACCCUUCUGAAUGGGAGUGAGUGGGAUUGCAUCCGAGUUACACCUUACACUGGCUAGGGAUCACAACUAAGAACAAACCUGUGAUCCUGAUGAUUUGAAGAUCGAGAAAGUUGCGAAUAACUUGGGC